CAAUGAAACGAGUUCAUCGUCGACAUUCCAGCAAGAUUACGGCCCCUCUGGAGACACUUUCGACGAGAGAACACUACAGACAACGUGAUUCGCAAGAACAGGAAAUGUUUCACCGAUCUGUGUGAAAAUUAUACAAAUGAAAAUCGAGGUGGUCCUUCUAAACUUACGCAAGUUCUCAAUUCAUAUAUCGGAGCUAUGGUCCAAGAGAUUUUAACUCAUAACGGUGACGUGCUAAAGUUUUCUGGUGAUGCAUUUCUGUCUAUGUGGAAGAAAACAUCAAGAUUAACCAUGCAAGAUGUCGUUCACAACGCUAUCGAUUGCGGUCUUAUUAUACAAAAGAAUUACGGAACUUAUUUAACUGAUGUUGGAGUGGUUCUCAAAGUAAAAGUGGCCAUAUCAGCUGGAGUUACAUACUUUUCGAUCAUCGAAAGCAACUGCACAGAUCAAAGUCAUUAUGUGAUUGUCGGUCAACCGGUUUGGGAUGUUAAGGCAGCCGAGUACAUGAGCUCAGCCGGAGACGUGCUCACAUCAGCCAGCGCCUGGAUGUAUGUGAACGAAGCCGAAUAUUGCACUCAGCCUUGUGGAGACGGAAGGCACACUAAGGUAUUAGGAGUAGGGGCUUCUUGGAAAAGAGUAGAAAAAUUACGCAACACAUUGGUACAAGAUUCAACUGUACCUAAUGUUUCGAAUCAUGUUGGUGUUGAAUCAGAAUGUAUAUCGAACGAUUACAGGGAAUAUUCACUUCGACCAGCAGUAGUAGCAGCCAUGCGGAGUACGUGGUGGCCGUCUCUGCGUCGCUUCAUGCUUGGUCCUGUACUACGAGCGGUGGACAACGACGAGCCCAUGGACUUCUUGACUGAAGUUCGUCGGGUCGUCGUCGUAUUUCUGAACAUAAUCACGAACAGCGUUUCCGAGAAUGUUUUGACUGAUAUUGUAAAUGAGGCAUAUAAGCGUGUUUCUUGUGCGGCAUCGGAUUCCGGUGGCUUAGUGAACAAAGUUUCAAUGUUCGAUAAAGACAUGAUGUUCCUGGUCGUAUUUGGACUAAGAGGUCUGAAGCAAGAAAAUGAAGCUCAAAAAGCUCUAGCGUGCGCUGAUCAGUUGAAACAGACUUUGAAUGAACCUAAUAUUAAUGUUGUCUCAAUCAGCGUUACUUCUGGAACAACAUAUUGCGGAGUCGUCGGUCAUGUUCUACGGCGUGAAUAUACUGUGAUAGGUCCAACUGUGAAUAAGGCGGCCCGUCUGAUGAUGGCAUAUCCAAACGUAAUUUCGUGCGACAAGGAAACGUUUCUGAAAAGUAAAUUAAAUCAAGAAUACUUUAGGGUUUUGGAGAUAAAGCCCUUGAAAGGCAUAGCUAAGCCCGGACCGGUAUACGAGUUCAGCAUGACAGGUUGGUCGCAACGGAGUGUAGCCUCCAAGCAUCCUAUACUGGGCCGGACCGAAGAGCUAAGUCAGUACGAAAUGUACUUGCAUAACGCGAUACUACAGCAUCAACAGGAUUUCACACGUUAUCGAGACAAUAAAUUCGCCAUUGCUUUUAUUGGUCCGAAUUCGAUAGGCAAGACUCGGUUGCUGGAGGAAUGUCUUGUAAAUACGCCGAAGUUUAUUAAAUACGAAAAGUUCGUACUGGAUCACUACGAUAAGGUGUCUUUCAAAGGCUUUCAUUAUAUUCUUUCAAAAGUCUUCACUGGAUCAAAGUCUUUUCGAGAAAACUCUGAAAAUAGAGUUAGAUUCAGUAUUGAUCUGAGUUACGCUACACCGAUUCAAAUACACGCAGUUAACAUUGUUUUCGAUUGUCGUUUUCCAUUACCGGAAAAUUUUCAACACGAAGAAGAUUUGUUGGACGAUUUGAGCGUCAAGCAGGUGAUACGUAAUGUAUGGAAACGGCAAUUCAAAAAUUUAUGGGUGGCCGCUAUUGAUAACGCACAUUACUUGGACGACGAGUCUUGGAGAGUUUUACUGAUAAUUUUAGAUACGAAGACCGUUUUUAUGGUCAUUGCCCUAUCCGACGAUGAGGAACAUACGCCGACGAUCAAAAAUUGUCUAGAAAAUAGCAUGAUAGUUAAUAUCCGACUGUCGGGCAUAGACAGGUGGUUCCAUGCAGCCCUGGCAUGCCAAUUGCUAGACGUUCAAGCGAUACCGGCUGAUCUAGAGAAAGUUAUAGAAACGGCCAGUGCUGGGAUGCCGGGUUGGAUACAAAACUUCGUGAUCUCACUGGUUCAACGAGGAGCCUUGUCAAUAGUAACGGUGACUCGUGAAGAAGCAAUAGAUUUAGGUGCUGUGGUUCCAUCAUCGACCCUGCUGCGUCGGACUGAUGUUCAUAUAGGAGCUCAGUAUGACGAUGCUUUAUCGAAGAGGCUUAGUUACCAAAGUAUCUACAGUAUAUUAAGCAUUAGUGCCUUUAGUAAACAAGGAAGCACUUUCACGAUCCAAGAAAUGGAUACUAUACAAAUGGCUGUGCUAGCGGAAUCUUUUAAUUUUGAUGACAUUACAAUGGACAUGAGUAUGGACGCUGUAAUCCUGAAAACUUACGAUUCUCUUAAUCCAUACGAAAAAAUGUUGCUCAAAUGUGCAUCGGUACUUGGAGACGUGUUUUCAAGACGAAUGCUUAUGCACUUACUACAGAACGAUUCUCCGAGAACUGUUGCUUUAGCUGUGGCAAAACUUUUCGUCAUCAGAGUGUUAGAAUGUGAAGGGGGAGAUUUUACUCGAGAUCUAUCCAUGGUGCUAGUCCAUCCCGCUCCGACUUUACCGUCCAUGGCCCCUUCUGCACCAUACUGUAAGUGCCUUGGAACAAGACAACCAGCGUGCUGCGAAGAUCUCCCAAAUUAUGCUUUCUGCGGGUACAUGAAAUUCAGGCAUCCCUUAUUUCGGUCUACAACAUACGAUCUUCUGACUGAGAAUCAAAAGCACGAUAUGCACGCUAGAGCAUUACUGUAUUUGGAACGUUUCACACGUCGCUGUUUACCAUGUGGCGGUGGAUGCUUCUCGAAGUUCGUUGGUUUGCGCUGUGAUGAUGGCUUAGUACAAGAAAGCGAGGCAGUAAAACGAACCCGGCAUCAAAUUCGUGCGUUGAAGACUGAAACAGUUGUUCCAGGUGACCAAGAUCAGCUAUCUGUAUUCGCUCAUGAAGAAUCGUCCGAUUUUGCUAUCCAUAUCAUACCGGAAUGUUCUAGCUUGGAACUAUUGAAAAAAGAACGCUCAUCUUCGAGGUUUUUAGAAAUGAAGAGAUUAAAGAGAUUGAGAAAUAAACAAAUGAAGAAGGGAGUCCGUUCGUUCUCGUCGGUCGAAACAAACAACUGUGAAUGUUUGACUAUUCUGAUGACCGUUUACUCUCAGAUUAUUGAUCAUUGUAGAGGAGCUGGCGAGUUCAAUAAACUAUACGAAGCUUACAUUGAAUACGUUGACAUAAACCUCAUUAGCUUAAACGUACCGCAGGCUAUCAGACUUUUGAUCGAAGUUGAGAAUUUUGUUCAGAACGAAGACCUUUUUCCGGAAAACGUUCAUAGGAAAUGGAUAAAGAGAUUUCAGUUAGCGAAGAUUUGUUCAAUGCGAGGUGUUUGUAUGUUGGAGUCCGGUGACCUUGCCGAAGCGAAGAAACAGCUGUUGCACGCCAUGGAGCUUUAUUACUAUCCAUUUCCAACUUCUAAGCACUGGGUCAAAUUACGCAGCUUUGGAGCCUCCCUUCAACAAUUAAUGGCUGUAUAUUUACCGAAGAUAUACCCAAAACGGAUAUCUGGAAUCAUCGGCUAUUAUUACGAAGAUAUCGCCUUCACGUUAAAUAUACUAUACCAAUUAUUUUCUGAAUGCAAAGAAACCGAGAAUGCAAAAUUGGAGGCUAAAUGCGCUUUGAAUUACGCUUUAAAAACGAAUGCAAAUUUUCGUCUGUUGUGCAUCUGUUAUGGGAACAUGAUCAGUGUUAAUCGAGAGGAACGCAAUUUCCGAAGAUGCUUAAAAUUAAAAGAACGAGCAAUGGAGCUGUGUCAUCGUAAACGAGGUCAGUUGGACGUAACGGAAGUGCAAGCCGUCUGCUACCUCUAUACUUGCAUGUUUCUGUUCUAUGUGGAGUAUGGAAAAAAAAUGGAGGGACUCGAGUUGGGACUCUCAGUGAUACCGAUGCUAUCGGAUUUAACUGAUCUGAACACACGACAAAUGCUUUUGCUUUGGUUAUUGAAGCUACUGUUGGCCGACUUGCGUAUUAACGAAAUGGUCAACAUUAUAAGAGAGUUUUUCUACAUGACCGAUCACUAUGAUUUGAGUUCUGAAACCUGGUAUUAUUUUUAUGCCAUAGUGAUACUGCUAGAUACGGGCUAUUGCGUGGAAUCUUAUGGAUCCUGUGAGAAAUUCUAUAUAACGAAAGGUGAUGCUAUAUUGAGAUCGAAAACUCCAGAAGCGGCUUGGAAUUUCUUUGUUGCGAUGUGGCUAAUAACAGUCAGAAUAGGCUCAUGGGAACAAUCAAUUAUAUGGGAAGAAAAAAUACGAAAAAUAUUAUCGAUGAAAUAUAAAGAGCACGAGUUCAAUAUAAUGAUGCUAAUUCGAUUGGUCGAAGGACUGUUGAUCACUUUAGUGAAGGAGACGGAUCAGAGAAACCUUAAUAAAAUUUUGUUGCUAAAAAAAUCGAUAAAAUCAAUGUUUAGAGACAUGAACAAGGCAUGUUGCCGAGCUCCUAUGUACCGGCCGAGGUUAAAACUCCUACAGAUUAUAAUUAUUUUGUAUUACCUUUUAUAUGCAUACUUUUUGUAUAUAAAAAAAAGAAAAUUACAAGCAUUUAAUCUCUUGAAAAGAGCAUACGAAAGUGCUAAACAGUGCAAACAUAUUUCAUUACUCAUUUGGAUCGAACACACUCGAAGUCAUUGGAGGGGUACUUUGACACAAGCAUGUGUGGAUCAUUGGAUUUAUCAUCUUGAACCAGACAAUUUGUUGGAUUAUACCGAUUUUGAUCCUGAAAAAAUUGAUAUAGUGCCUUUCACAUUACCGUUACCUAAUGAUAUUGAAAAAUAAAAAAUAAUUUUUAAAUA